AUGUCACCCAUCACCAAGCUAUGGCUCAGCACAGCCAAGACCAAAGAUUACAUGGACUCGAGUGACUUCCACGACCUCCUCGCCCAGAUUCUGAGCCACUGCUCCUCCUACACUAACCCUGAGUCCAAUCCCGAACUCCCACCUAUGCACGCCUUCUUUCAAAGUGUCGAGAAUCCAGACCUCCUCCUGAUGAUCACGGGCUAUCCUUCCCAGGAGAUGAACAAUGCGGCAGACGACACUUACGCAGCGACCUUUCUGCCUCGUAUGUUCCAAUUCGUCGAGCAUAAAUGGCUAAAGCAGUUGGACGUGGAUGUGAGCUUGUUGCCCUUAGGAGAUGAGAAUUUAACACUCCAAUUCUGUGACACUCCUGUGGAUACGGCAACAGGCCAGGUAAUUGGGGGAUGGGAUGUGUGGCCAGAGACGGAGCAGGGGAUCAGAAUGAGAGAAGCUGGUAAACUCGAGGAGCUGCCGAAGAUCUGGGUAGGCAUUGGGAAAGAAAUUGAGAUAGACCUCACCAUGGCCAGAGAAGUGUUCCAUUUUCGCAAGGUUAAAUCCGCAUAA